AUGUCACUAAUUCACAGACACGUGCGUCCGCUGGACGCAGACGGACGCGGAAACAUGUCGCCCCCUCGAACACAGACGCUUGUCCGGUUGUCAGGUUGCCGAGGUCAGCAUGGCUACCCAAUGUGGCGGGAAGUGGGUGUGAAGCCGGCCCGGUCACUUGGUGCCAGCAUCCAAUGUGGUACCAGCGCGACUGUGGACGAGACGCUGGCAAAGGCACAAGUGUCACGGUUGGCAACAGACGGGAGCCACGUGGAUGAAGGCAACUGUAGGCGGAAAAUAGGCCAACCCAUCGGACUCGAUUGCGAUGACAUGACGCCGACUUGGCCGACGACCCAAGUUUGCCUCAACCCACGCGAACUUCGCUUCCCAACAUGUCGCCAGAGCAAUCCGGCUCCAAUCAGCUGGCCUAAGGCUUCACCUCGAAUCCCCCUUCAACCGGUUGGCGAGUCCACAUGCAAAAAAAUGUGUCAUCACCUGACGCGAGUCUUUCGGCUCGACCCGCGCGGACGGUGA